ACCUCUUUCAUUAAAUUCGUCUUGAAUGUUCCCUUGGAAUGUAUUGCCUGUACCACGUGCAACAACAAUCACACUUACGAUGAAAUGAAAUUUGCAGAAUAAGGAAUAUUUCUCAGCAGCCUUUUCAAAUAGUCUAGGCCACCGUAGGGAGACCAAAACCACAAAAAGGAACAGUUCUACAUAUGCUCUCAAAUUAGCUAUGAAGGGCAGGGAAGUAUAUGAAAAUGCAAAUAUUCAACUUUCUUUUCUUGUCGUCCUUAUGAAAGUCUCAUAAUGAAAUACACGUAGUGUAGAAAAACCUAGUAGGAUAGUCAAUAAACGUAAACUCAAUUAAUCACGUGGCUGAGCCGAUUGCUUGUAACACGUGUCUCCUUUUGUCCUGCUUUGAUUUAAAAUGACUGCCCUCCAGCCAUCUACGAUCACAUUCACCAGGGAGCUCAAACUACAACCAGAAUUUUUGAGCUUUCUUGAAAGCAUCAUGUUUCAAACACCAAAAGUCUGGCUUCCAUUAGCAGUUAUAGCCUGCUAUGCUAUCGCCUGGGCUUCGUCGACGGAUAAGCCGAACAUAUUCUUGGUCCUGAUUGACGAUCAGGGCCACAAUGAGCGCAGCUCAAGCAACCCCGAGUUUCGAACACCAACGAUGGACAAGCUGGCCUCAGAGGGUGUGAUUCUAGACCAGAUGUACACACAACCAUCUUGCACCAUGUCCCGCGCCGCCCUGUUGAGUGGACGCUCGCCUCACACCAUGGGCAUCGAGAACGCCUUUGAUGCCCACGAUAACAGGUCUUUACCUCUAAAUACCAAGACAGUGGCACAGUACCUCAAAAUUCGUGGGUACCAGACAUAUAUGAUUGGUAAGUGGCAUCUUGGUAUGUGCUCCCGGAGCAUGACGCCAACCAGACGAGGGUUUGAUAGUUUCUCUGGCUGUCUCCAUGGCAACAGCGAUCAUUUCUUCAAAUUUCCCCAAAACCCUUGGGAUUUUUGGACCAACGAAACUCUCGAUCGUUCAGUGAGAAAACAAUACGACACUGAGGUUCUUACACAACGAGCUAUUGAUGUAAUCAAGAAACACAAAGAGAGCGGCACAGAUGAGCCGAUGUUUGUUUACUUGGCUUACAAGGCCAUACACAGCCCCAUAAAGGUACCAGCGUACCUGAGCAACAGGUGUUCCCACAUCAAGAACACCCUGAUCAGAGACCGCUGUGGCACCAUGGCUGGGGUGGACGACGGCAUCAAGAACAUCACCGACACCUUGGAAAGGCUCGGGUACAUGGAUCAACCACUGAUGCUUAUGGUCAUGAGCGACAACGGCGGCGCUGCACCCGAAGGUGCAAGCAACUGGCCGUUGAGAGGAAAGAAAGCCACGCCGUUUGAGGGCGGCACCAGGGUCCCGGCGUUCAUGUACAGUAAACACUGUUGCCUAAUUCUCCACGGACUUACAAGGGUCUGAUUCACAUCACGGACAUUCCUGUUACUAUCCUCAGCAUGGCCAGCAACUCCACCACCUCAGAGUUCAUGACCAACGUAGAUGGCAUAGACCAGUGGCAAGCAAUAAAGGAGAACGGGCCGAGCAAAAGGGAAAAAAUGGUGUAUGAGAUGUGGGAUGAUGAGGCAGGUGUACGUGUCGGCCAGUACAAGCUCGUGUAUCACAAGAAAGGUCCGUGUUCCGGGUGGUACAACCCCCCUACAGGCGUUAAA